CACCAUCCCAUUUCGACAUUAUCUUAACAAUAGGAUCGACUUACCACGCAGUGGUGUGCAUUCACAAAAUUGGAAUAUUUACGACCGUCAAUUGAUGCGCUCAAUGGUUAGGACCAUUCGCCCCGGAGGUCAAAGUGCGCAAUCAUCUCAACUCUUGAACAUUCGAGUCUCGUGA